AUGUCCCGUGAUAAUAAGAUGAAGGGACUUGUUAAAGGGUUGAAAUUCAUUUCUCAGAUAUUUGAUAAUAGCGAAAAAGAACAAGAGAUUGAGAUCGGUGAUCCCACCGAUGUAAAGCAUGUGGCACAUAUUGGUUGGGACGGUCCUACUGAAAAUGCUCCUAGCUGGAUGAGUGAGUAUAAUUCUGUUUCAGGAUUGUCAUCAUCAGCACCUCAAAAUAUGAAUGGAGAUAGAGAAAUUGAUGAUUCACACAAUUGGGGCCGCUCAGACUCAAUAAAAAGAGGUUCAAGGUCAAUGCGAAUAGAGAACACACAUGAGUUACCUUUACCUAAAUCAUCUAUGAAUCAAUCAAAUUCAACUGGAAAUAUGAGAGAGUUACAUGCAAAAGAAAAGGCAGACAGACCAAGGCAACCAAAAAGAAAUUCAAAACAUUCAACAACAAAUGACACUUUAAAUGAAUCCAACCUCGCAACAAGAGAACAACCUAUAUCAAUGCAUACAGAUUCUCCCCAACUCCAAGAAACUACUGAUGAUAAUUUGCCACCUAAGAUCCAAUCAUACCAUCAUAAAAAAACUAAUUACAAGAAAACAAAAGAUGUUCAAGGUGUUAGUGGAUCAUCUAAAUCUAGACUAAAACCUCAAUCUAAGGAACACAAUUCCAGCGAAGACAUGCAGUCAUUAACAAGUUCCAAAUCUAAGGACCAAAUUUCGAAUGAAGACAUACAUUCGAGAACAUGUUCUAAAUCCAAGGAAUAUAAAUCUAAAGAAGGAUCUCAUUUGAAGGCCAAUUUAAAAUCUAGGGACUCUAACUUGAAUGAAAGACGUCCUUCAAGACCUAAUUCUAAACAUAAAACUAAACCUAGACACAAUGAAGAAGAUGGACAAUUUGAGAGAGAAUCUAAUGAAGAUAUAUUGAGUAAUUGUUCAAACUAG